CUACCAAUUUCCUCGUACAAUCAGUUGAUAGCAAACCCUCUCGAAGUCAGUGUUCAGUGCUAGUGCGUAACCCUUCAAUCGAAAGUCAGUGAAAGUUUCUUCGUCCGUGUGUUCAGAACCAAGUGUAACCCGUGCCAAGAUGUCGAUCGUUCCGAUUAUGUUCCGCGACUGGUGGGAUGACCACUGGGACACCCCGCUGCGCCAAUCUCGGAUUCUGGAUCAACACUUCGGCACUGGCAUUAGCUCAGACGAUCUGCUGACGGCCAUCACGAGCGCGGCCGCUGCUCAAUCGGCCAUUCACAACCAACUGCGGCGUCCUAUCUACAAUCGUCCCUGGCGCCAUUCCGGUAUCGCUGCCCGGCAGGACAACGGUUCGACGAUUCACGCCGACAAGGACAAGUUCCAAAUCAAUUUGGACGUACAGCAGUUCAGCCCAACGGAAAUUUCGGUGAAGGCCUCCGAUAACAGCAUUAUCAUCGAAGGGAAACACGACGAGAAGCAGGACGAUCAUGGAUACAUCUCCCGGCACUUCAUUCGGCGCUACACCAUUCCACCGGGACACGACGCCAACCAGAUCAAGUCGUCGAUUUCUUCGGACGGCAUCUUGUCGAUUUCGGCUCCGAAGAGGGCGAUUACCGAUGCGGAAGGCCAUAAAUCGAUUCCGAUCACUCAGACCGGUCAACCGAUGAAGAGGAUCGGGGCCGAUCACGAAAAGAAGGAGAGCAUCGCCCACAAGUGAAGUGGUGGGCGAGAUUUUACUGUUUCACUGUUUGCACGGUCAGGACCCUUUGUUCGCACAGUACUUGUUAUUUUUAACUGAAUAAAUGAUAUCUGUUUGUGAUUGAAUGUUUGUGAGAAAA